AUGGAGUUGGCCUUGCUUAUCCUUGUGCCCAUCAUCUUUCUCUUCCUCAAGCAUUUCUUAUUCAAGGCCCAUCGUCUACCACCCGGCCCGAACCCGUUUUACGUCUUAACCUUCCUUUCCGAACUAAUAUACAAACCUCAUAGAGCACUCCGAAAGCUUUCGCAAAUGUACGGUCCUCUAAUGUCCUUCCGUCUAGGUGACCAACUCUUGGUGGUUGCAUCGUCACCCGAGACUGCAAGAGAAUUUUGUCGAACGCACGACCGUAUGUUAUCCGGAAGGCACUUGCCGACGGUGUACAUUAACCUUCCCGGGACCAUGCAUUCGUCCAUCGCGUUGGCUCCCGAAUGUAGCAAGUCGUGGAAGCUCCUGCGUUCGAUCGGACAGAAUUGCGUGUUUUCAUCCAAGGCAAUGGAGAUGAGUGUCUGGAUACGGAAGGCGAAGGUCAAUGACUUGGUCAAGCAUUUAAAAUCUAGGGAAGGACAAGUGGCCGACCUAGAGGACCUGAUUUUCGUGACGUUGUCUAAUAUUAUCUCAGCUUCUCUGACGUCGAAAGACCUAUUCAACAUCGAAGGACAGGGGAAGGAUGAUUACAAGGUGAUGUUGCGUUGGGUGAAUGAGGUGAUCGAGAAGACGAUGACACUUGGUGUGGUCGAUUUCUUGCCGAUUUUGAAAUCAGUUGACUUUUGGAGUAAGAGAAAGGCGAUGGAUAUGUACCGUGAAAUUAAACGAACAUGGGGUGGUAUCAUUGACGAAAGAAAAUCGAUGCGGGGUGAGAAUGUGGUUCAAGUGACCGAGGAUUUCUUGGAUAUUGCCUUGAGCGAUAGUACAUUUUCAGAAGAUCAAAUUGGUAACGCAUUGAUGGAAUUACUGAUCGCUGCCACGGACUCCACCACCAUAACGACGGUGUGGUUGAUUGUAGAAUUAAUGAGAAAUCAAGAUAUGUUGUCCAAAGUUCGUCACGAACUAGAAAAUAUUGUCAAUGGGGGCGAACUGAACGAGGUCCUUCUAUCCGAAUGCCAUUAUUUCCAAGCGUGUAUAAAAGAAACAUUGAGGCUCCAUGUUCCGGCCCCAAUGUUGGUGCCUCAUCGUGCCCUAGAGACGUGCAAGGUUAAUGAGUACAUUAUCCCUAAAGAUAGCAUGGUGCUAGUCAAUGCUUGGGCAAUUGCUCGCGACCCGAACUAUUGGGAAGAUGCAACUAACUUCAAUCCCGAAAGGUUUUUGGACUCGAAAGUUGGUUAUAUGGGCACACAUUUCGAGUAUUUGCCGUUCGGGACCGGUCUAAGGAUGUGCCCCGGUUCGAAUGUGGCUUUCAAAAAUAUUCAAAUGCUUGCGGGAACUUUGUUGCAUUAUUUUGAAUGGAGUCUUCCCAACGGUGGGGAUGCGACUACCAUUGAUAUGGGCGAGAAGUACUUGACAACUCUUAAGAAGGCUAAACCAUUGCUUUUGAUUCCUAAGUUGAGGAACUAA